AUGACGUCUCACCGAAACCAAAAUCUGUGCGAGACUGGCGAACACGUGCCGGCCGUCGGCAAUUGUCAAAGCAAAGUAAAUCGGGCGGCAAGCAUAAAGCUAAUUCGCCGCCCGCACAGCGACCCGGAGAAAGCAAGCUUACUGAAAGAGAAACAAGAUAGAAAAAGACGACAAUACUCUGAGUCUCGAGUGAAACUCGAACAGCGUACUCAGAAAAUACAGGACUCCAGCAGCUCAGAGCAUCACAAACGUAACUCCCACCACAGAUUAGCUGCUAAUGAUCGUAAGAGUAAAGAAUAUAUUCAGUACAGGACGCAGAGUAUUUUACCAGUGAAGAAGUUUUUCGAUGAGUCAAACUAUGGUGCUAAGAAGUUUGGAUCGUUAUCGAGGGGCAGAUACGAAAAUUUGGGAGAUUUCGAUGAUCGACAAUCUUGGGGUGAUGUAGCAUCCAGGCAUCUGAGCGGGUUGACUGCCUUAACUGCUAACGGUUAUGCUGAUGACAACUAUCGAGAUUUGAACCGAUCCUUUGUAUCGUAUACCAGUGGUAUAACAUUAGCACCCCUCAACAAACGCGGUAUAAUACCAGCGCGGGCCCUAUCCGCAAUACCACCGGAUGAAUAG